AGGAUUAUAAAGAAGGGGGCGUUUAAUGAAUUGACUUCUUUGAUAUCACUUGACAUUAGAGACAAUGAUUUGCACGUAUUUCCUAAAGAUGUGUUUCACGCCCUCAAGUCUUUACGAUUUCUGUCAACUGAUAACUUCAAGUUUUGCUGUUUAGCCGCCAAUAUUGUACCAUUUGAAAGAUGCCUUCCGCCACAGGACGAGAUCUCCGAUUGCGAAGAUUUAAUGUCUAAUUUAGUUCAACGAGUAAUUCUGUGGUUUUUAGGAGUGGUGGCACUCGUGGCCAACGCUGCUACACGUCUCUAUUCAAACCCAGUCAGCUCUACACUUAUCCUAUCGUUGGGUUGCGCCGACUUCCUAAUGGGUAUCUACUUAAUGAUCAUCGCAUCGGUCGAUGAAUUCUAUAGGGGACGAUAUAUAGAGAAUUCUGAUGUUUGGAAACACAGUAUUUUGUGCCAAUUUUGUGGAUUCCUGUCCACAGUCUCAUCGGAAGUAUCGGUGGCCACACUUUUUGUAUAUUGGUUAAACCCUUUAAUCCACAUUAGGCUCAUCACUUUAUCGUGGAUUGUUGUGAUAAUGUUAGCGGGUUUGCCAUUAUUCCCGAUACCAUAUUUUAACGGCAAAUUCUACGCCCGCUCGGGAACCUGUUUAGCCCUUCACAUCACACCUCAUAAACCCGACGGUUGGGAGUAUUCGGUCGCUAUAUUUUUGUGCAUUAAUUUAGUGGCAUUUCUUAUAAUCGUUGGCUGCUAUUUGUUUAUGUAUAAAACCAUACGUUUGUCCCGACAGAAAAUGAACAGACUUAAGGCCAGACAAGUCAGGGAAACACAGGUUGGCCGACAAAUGGCACUUAUAGUUAUAACCAAUUUUUUAUGUUGGUUUCCAGUGAUUGUGAUGGGAAUGAUGUCUUUGGCCGGAUUUACGAUUCCAGGGGCGGCCUAUUCGUGGACGGCUGUAUUUGUUUUCCCAGUAAACUCGGCGACGAACCCAAUCAUCUAUAGUUUAGCUCAAUCUCCGAUCUCUUUGUUCACAUUUAAGUCAAAACGCGAUUCAACCAAUAAAUCACUUCAUAUGUCACUCAAGCAAAAGGGAAAGGCUGUCGAAAGGAGUAUUAGUGCUCCGAAAGGCAAAUUCAUGAGACCAUACCCUCCGCCCGGAUAUGUCUCUCUCAUUGAUUUCUUAGAUACUGAAGAAGAUCUUAAACCAAAGCAUUUACUGGAAAUUAGUUAUUCAAUCAGUGAAAUCAUUAAAGAUGCUCACGAAAGGGGGUCCGCUUUUGGAGGCAUUGAAUUUGAAUCGGUUUGUGUGUCUAAUCAGAUAUCGUUAGAUAAUAGCAAUCGGUUGCGCGUAUAUAUACCCGACUUAAACCAAUACCCUGUGGUGGACGCCGAAGAAUCAGACGACUUUGCUUUCGAUAUGGAAGAGUUCGGUAAUCUUGUUAAACGUAUGCUUCGUAUAUAUCAUAUCAGAAUCAAUUCCUCGCCUUAUAUUAAC